UUUAUCGUAAAGGUUGUAAUAACAUAGCAGAUUCACUAUCAAGGCUCUCACAGAACAAAAGUGCUGCAGACUUCGAUAGAGAUAGUCCAUUUUUAAUUCUGGCAAUUAAAGAGUCAGCGGCCAUCGAUACUGGUGAACUAGAUAAAGCGUCACGGGAUGAUCAAGAGUUAAAAGCGGUGAGAGAAUGUCUAAUCAACAACAAUUGGAAAAAUCCAUUAGCAAAACCUUAUGAGAUCUUCAAAACCGAAAUCGGUUUUACAGGAGACACAUUAAUUCGACGGAAUAAACUGAUUGUACCACGAGCUUUGCGAAAUAGAAUGCUAGAACUUGCUCACGAAGGCCACCCAGGAGAGAGCGUUAUGAAACGCAGAUUACGCGACCGUGUUUGGUGGCCCGGAAUGGAUCGGGAAAUAGAGAAGAAUGUAUCCUCAUGUGAAGGUUGUAGGUUGGUGUGUGUCCCGAAUAGACCUGAACCGAUGGAGAGAAGACCUCUUCCGAAUGGGCCUUGGAUCGAUAUCGCAUUGGACUUCAUGGGUCCACUGCCAAGUGGUGAAUAUUUGCUAGUUGUCAUUGACUACUACAGCCGCUACAAGGAGGUAGAAAUAAUGAAACACAUAACUGCUGAGGACACCAUAAACCGACUGCGAAAAAUUUUCACCAGAUUGGGAUACCCAGUGACAAUAACUCUGGAUAACGCAAAGCAAUUUCUGAGUAAUACUUUCGAGAAUUACUGUACGCAAAACAAAAUUCAUCUUAACUACUCAACCCCUUACUGGCCUCAAGAAAACGGACUCGUGGAACGACAAAACCGUUCCUUAUUAAAGCGACUGCAAAUAAGCCAUGCUUUGGGCCGAAACUGGAAACACGAUUUAGAAGACUAUUUGCUGAUGUAUUACACAACCCCGCAUUCCGUGACGAAAAAAACGCCAACAGAGUUAUGCUACGGACGAACAAUUCGAUCGAAAAUACCAUGCCUAACGGAUUUGGGAACCGGGAUAGCGGACGACGAAGUUCAAGAAAGAGAUAAAAGAUCAAAACUUAUUGGAAAGGAAAAAGAGGACAAGAGACGUGGAGCCAGAGUUUCAGAAAUUCAAGUCGGCGACACAGUUCUCAUGAAAAACUUACUUCCCGGAAAUAAGCUGACUAGCAACUUUGGUCCUAGUCCUUUUGUCGUGUCUAGAAAAAUUGGAUCACGUGUUGAAAUUAAAAACAAAUCUACUGGAAAAGUUUUUGAGAGAAACUCAAGCCACCUGAAACGAGUUGUUGAUUCUGAAGUCGUUUCGUCAAAUGAUUCAACACCAGAAGAUAGCCUUUCACGUUUUUCAAUCAUACCUCCAACCGUCGUAGCCAAUGAAGAAGAAGACACGGACAAUUCCCCUCAUUUCAGGAGCCGGAGAAAUGUGAAACCUCCUUCUAGGUUUCAAGACUACGUAGUCGGAGUUUUGGACAGCAAUCAAAGCGACUGAAGUUCUAAUCUAGAAAGAAAAGGAGAUGUGGACCACACGAUAUGCAGAGAGAACCUUGGUUAAAACGAGUUGCAGAGAGAGCAUUGAAGUCUUGCGUUGGCUAUCAUUUUGGAAGCUUUCUGUAUUUCUUUUACGCGAAUAAAUAAAGUGAAUUAACGAUAUAAAAAGUGUAAU